AUGCACAACCAGAUCAUCGCCUCGACGGGCAUGGACCAGGAAAGUCACUUAGCACACGAUAACAACACAUAUGGCAACGACAGUUGGGUCGACAUGAAUUCGUAUCACCACCAUCAUCAAACCACCAUGCCCGACUAUGGAGGGAACUAUGGCUACUCGUCCAUCCCGCCCAUCACUCACGGGCUACCGUCGGAAAAUUUGAACAGGAUGCCACCACCACCGCCUCCUCAUUCCAUGCACCAACAGCAUGCCUCUCACACACAGCUACCAAUGCUCAUGAUGCCUCAUCAUCAACCGACGCCUACCUGGCCGAGUAUGUUGACAAACCCAAACAACUACAGCCCUCACUCGGCCCCUCCGAUCGCCAUACCUCCCAUCACUACACCGCUCAAGACGACGAAGCUUCCAGCGAUUCAGACCACCACCUCCCAACCGAGAAAGACCUUGACGGACGAUGACCGCCGCGCCAUGUGCCAGUAUGCCAAGGACCACCCCAACGCGAAGCAGACUGACAUCGGCCAGCGCUUUGGCGUGGAGAGGAGUACCGUCUCCAAGGUCCUGAGACACAAGGACAAAUACCUGAACUCGGAGGAUCGGAGCAGUUCACCUAUCAAGCGUGGCAAAGGAAAGGGAGCAGACAUUGAAAAGGCGCUGACGGCUUUCCUUCGUAAUGCUCGAAAGGAAGGCAAAACUCUGACUACCGAAGAGGUCAAGGAGAAGGCCCAGUCGUUUUCUAUGGUCGGCGGUGGUGACUCCUUUACGGAGCACAACAGCUCGGCUUGGCUGGAAAAGUUCAUGCUCAAGCAUGGCAUGGGCCCCGGGAGACUGAUGCGCCGGGCGUCAGAAACCAACAUUUUGGACAGUAGACGCCACUCGCCAGCGUUGAGUGCUUCCCAGCCAUCAAGCGCCAUUUCCCCAGCGUCUCCAGCCGGCCACCUGUCACCAUCACCCUUGUCAGCAAACAAGAGCGACGAAGAAAAGGAAAGCAUGAACAGUUUCAUGGACUUUACGACCGACAAUGCCUACAAGCACACAAAUACGCAGAGCAAUGCAUCGCUAAACAGUGCUUACACCGACCAUGCCAACUCUUCCUUUUCUGGGAGCGCUCUCAGUCCUGCAGCUUCGUUUGGUUUCUCGCCGGAUCCCAAUACUGGCGGAUUUCCGCCUCCCGGAGCACCAGGUGGAGGUUUCCAACGCCCGCGAAGCCAGACAUUUCCGACGCUGGACCUGGAAUACAUGAACCAGUCUCAGAACACGGAGCCCCUGACGCCAAAGUAUCAUGUCUCAUCUACCGCACCAUCUUCGGCACUGGAGCCGCCAUCCGCCAACCCGUCAGGUGGGCAUUUCAGUAUCGAUCAGGCGAUUUUACCUCAGCUCCGUCACAGCACCAGCAACCAGAGCCUUGGUGGGAGAUCUUCAACGACUCCAGUUACGGCGAAUCCCUCGUCUCCCAGCUCACCCACUCAAGAGGAUGCAAGAAGAGCAGCGGAUACUCUUCUGUCUUUUAUCACCAACUCUGGUGGAUUUGCUGACCAUUCCGAGUACAUGACUCUGCUCAAGCUUACCGAAAAGCUACGUAUCCACCAAAUGCAGCUAGCAAAGGCCCAUGGCAUGGGAGGACUCUCGCGCAUACCCGAAGGCGACAGUGAGAUGAUGAACACGACCUCUAUCAAGCUGGAACCGACAACUACCGCCUGA